CUGGCCGAGGACGUGCAAUGAUUUAAUGUGAUCAGACACAGAAAAGUUACAUUCAAAUACCAUGGUACAUGAAGAUGGUAAUCAGUCAGCGUCAUGGCAUGGAUCUGAGCAUGAAAUCAUACAGUGACCCGGAGGGAGUGGGUCUCUUUCCUCUGGCUGGAUGUGGCACUGGAACACAUGAGUCUGAUUUAGGGGAGGAGGAGAGAGCGCUUGAUCUACGCUUAUCAAACACCUUGUUUGAACUGGAUGACCAUGAAGAGGAACUGUGCCAUUCUGCAAGUGUGAAGCCUUUUCAGUGCUCUCAGUGUGGGAAGGGGUUCUCUCGUAUACAGCAUCUGUCCGAACAUGUACGGAUUCACACAGGCGAGAGGCCUUACGAGUGCUCUGUAUGUGGAAAGACUUUCACCCGGGAAAGAAGCCUCAAGACUCAUCUGAAAGUACAUACGGAUGCAACGACCUUCCACUGCACAAUCUGUGUUAAAAACUUUGCCCUCCUAUCCUCCUUGAGAAGACAUGUGCGGACAUUUCAUCAGGGUCAUGAUGUCAGUACGGAGGGUAGAUGCCUAAUUUGUGUUGAAUGUGGGAAAAACUUUGCAUGUCAGUUGGAGGAACAUGAGCUGACACACACCGGAGAGAUUUCUCAUCGCUGCCCUGACUGUGUCAAGAACUUCAAUAAAUUAGAAGACUUGAACCAUGUGGAUGCUCAGAAUAUUGAGAGGCCUUGCAGUUCUGUGGCCUUAGAAGAUCAAUCCAAACACAUGCAAACUGACAUAAGUCAGGACAAUAGUGACUUGUCCUCUACGGAGCUUUUAGAAAAUAUUACCAGUGAUGGACUGACCGAUGAACAUAUGGGCCAAAGUGAAGAGGAAGUGGAGGCCGAGAGAGCUCCAUCUCCUUCAUCAGUGCUCUCUCAUGAGUCUGCACUUUCUACUGAAAAAGCCAUUGAAACGAGAGACGCACUUCAAGAAGAACAGCUCACAGCUCACCAGCAAAUUGACGAUGAAAACAAGCCUCACCAAUGCGAUCACUGUGGAAAGAGAUUUAACAAACAAGCAAAGCUUCGAAUUCAUCUGCGCAUUCACACUGGAGAGAAACCUUACCAGUGCACCCAAUGUGGCAAACAUUUCAGUCAAGCAGUAAACCUUAGAAAACAUCACCGUAGUCAUCAUACGGAGGAGAGACCAUACCACUGCACACUCUGUGACCGCAGAUUUUCUCUCUCGUUUUCCCUGAUUAAGCAUCAACGCGUCGCUCAUCCAGAACAAUUGAGUGUUGAUGAAAGGAAGCGCUUCACCUGUCCUUUCUGUGGGAAAAUGUUUGGACGGCAUCAAGAUAUGGAGCAACACAAACGAAUUCACACGGGAGAGAGACCAUUCCGCUGCAUUGUGUGCAACAAAAGUUUUCGGCAACGUUCGGUUUUGAUAGUGCAUCGUAAAAUUCAUACCGGAGACAAACCUUUCGAAUGUUUCAUAUGCUUCAGACGGUUUUAUGGAUCAGGAGAUCUGAAGACACAUAUAGGGACUCAUACUGGUGUGAGACCACACAGUUGCCCCUUGUGCUCCAAAAGCUUCCCUCGUCCCAGCAGCCUGCAAGCACACAUGCAUUCUCAUCUCAACAAGUUACAGGAAGUUGGCGCUCUAACCACCAGAGCUAAGGAGGACAAGGGUGAACUGGAUGAUGUGGAAGGAAUCUCGGGAAGUUCUUCUUCAAUGCUUUCUGAAAACCCUGGAGUUUCUGAAAACAAAAUGAGCACAGAGGAGCCCUCCAGUGAGCUGGCUAGUGUUUUAAUGUCCCAGUCACACCAAAUAGAGCCUGAGACUGGAUUUGGUCCUUCAAUGAAUCAAGUCCAUUAUGAUGAUCAGAGUUCCAGUUCAGAGCUAAUAGAUCAUCAGAAGCCUUACCAUUGUACCAUAUGCAACAAAACCUUCUCUCUCUCACUAUCUCUGAAAAAACAUCAGCUAAUAUUUCAUCCAGAUCAGCAUGCUGACAUUGAAGGGAAGUGCUUCCCUUGCUCUUAUUGCGGGAGGAAGUUUGGCCGGCGUCAGGGCUUGUUACAGCAUGAGCGCAUUCACACAGGUGAAAGGCCCUACAACUGCCCCACCUGUAACAAAAGCUUCCGGCAGCGAUCAGCUUUGGUUGUGCAUAUUAAAACUCACACAGGAGAAAGGUCCUUCCUGUGCUUUGUGUGCAGCAAAAGCUUUUAUACCCCGGGAGACUUGAAGAAACAUCUGGAAAUUCAUACUGGAGUGCGGCCACACAACUGCCCGAUAUGCUUCAAGGGUUUCGGACGCCCCAGUUUCUUGCAAGCUCACAUGCGAAUCCAUGAAAAAGCCUCUUCAAAUACCUUUACAGUUAAACAGGAAAGUGGAGAGGAGGAACCAACAGACAGUCCAAAAGUUGACUUACAAGAGAAGCCAUUUGAAUGCUCUCAUUGUGGGAAGAGAUUCAUUCAGGAUUGUAUGUUUAAAAUCCACCAGCGGAUUCACACAGCAGAUAGACCUUACAAGUGCUCGGAGUGUGGCCUGAGUUUUCGCUGGAGGAGAAACCUGAUAGCCCACCAGAGUGGCCACCUGGGCGACAAUCCUCUCAAGUGUUCAUUGUGUGAUGAAACAUUCCUCUCUGAAGCAAGUCUGAAAAAACAUCAAGAUUCAUUUCAUACUGCGGUCUCUCAUACCUGCAGUCUGUGUCUAAAGACGUUUACUCAAGCAGCCGGACUCAGGAAACAUGUGCGAUAUGUUCACGAGGGAGAGAGACCACACAAAUGCUCUGAGUGCGGGAGAGGAUUCGUCAAGCUUUCAGACCUUGUGCGUCAUCAGCGUCGCCAUCAUUAUGACAGGGGGGACGAACUUUUUCAGUGCUCGCAGUGCGAGCGAAGCUUCAGUCAUCCUAGCAGUCUUGUUCUCCACCGACGAACUCACACGGAAGAAAAACACGAGUGCCCAAAAUGUAAUAAGAUAUUCAGUCAGCCGGGACACCUUAAGGUUCACCUGCGUACUCACACCAAAGAGAAUAAACCUAAGUUCGAGUGUCCUGAAUGUGGGAAGAGUUUUGGCCAAUCCAAAGAUUUGGUGGUUCACCAGAGGGUUCAUACCGGAGAGAAACCGUACCAGUGCCCUCAGUGCAAGAAGAGUUACCGACAGUUUGCACAUUUGUCCGUACAUCUGCGGAGUCACACGGGGGAGAAGCCUUACCAAUGCCCUGUAUGUCUCAAAUUCUUCGCACAUUCGUCAUCCAUGAAAAAACACUUGCGAGUAAUGCAUGCAGAGGGGAAGGAUUCACCAGCAGCAAGGCAGGUUGUGAAUGUGACUGUUGGUGUAGGUACAUCCAGCUCAACUGUAGUAGUCAAGCAAGAACCAGAAUCUGAUGACUAAUAUGAGUGUCGAGUCAAAUCAGAAGAAAACUGCUUUGCCAUAAUGGAUUAUGUAAAAGCUGUAACCGUUUCUUCAGCUCCAUCCAGUGCAGUAUCAUCAUUGACUGUUAAAGACGAUCCAUGUUCAAAAUAAAAGUAUGAGGAUGGAAAAUGGAUUUGGUCUCACCUUGUCCAACAUCAGAGCACCUUGAAAAGUCUGCAGCAUCUAAAGUGGACAAUUUGUUUCCUAAUGCCUCAGACUUAUUUUUUUAAAUUGCAGUUUUCAAGAAUGAUUUCUUCCUGAAAGGACUCCAGAGAGCAAUCUCCAUCUUUGAAGACUCCAGCCUCAGCUAGCAGCAAGGCAGUAUUGAAUCAGACAAAGAACUCCCAUGUCAAGAAUAAUCCACAUCACUGCUUUCAGACGGUUUUCGUCUAACUAGAAACCACACUACACAGUUUUGUUCACGAUAUGGAAAAGCCAGCGUUUUCAGGACGAGCAGUUUCAGCAAAGCGAAAGACCUUAAAUAUUAUCCGAUCCUCAUGGAAAACAAUCAUCAUCAGAGAUCUUCAAAAGCAUAUUGGAGAGAAGUCUUGACUGGUGAUCUACUCAGAGAAGAACUUCUAUAGUGGAAGGACUGUGGCAAAAUGAGCUUUCAGACAUGAUAUAAUAGGAAACGUUUGUCACCUACUUGUAGUGUUCAUUUAGUUACUUGCAAACAGGCCCAGAUGAAAUCUGUUUUUGCAGAAAUUGAACACCCGUCCUCUGACUCUUGCGUGUAUAUUAAUUUCAAGGUAAUAAUGUGUCAUUUAUUCAAUGAUUUCAAAAUAAUUUUAAUUUAUCCCAGCUUAAGGUACAGAGUAGAGUUGGGGUACUCGAGUUCGGACUCUGAGUCAGAAGUCCAGCUUUACUUGUCACGGACAUUUUUACUCGGACUCGAGCUUUAGCACGCAUGUCAUAGAGUCCAUGACUAUAAAAAAAUAACAUAAGGUGACCGUACAUUCUCUUUUUCCCAGACAUGUCCUCUUUUUCAGACCUGAAAAAAAGCAUCCGACCGGGAUUUCAAAAGUGCCUCUAAAUGUCCGGGAUUUGGCUUUGUCUUCAUAAAGACGUUCUCUCUACAGUUAGUACUAUCAUACAUUCUGAGCAUGUAAUACUGCGCAACUGUUUUCACGUGUAUAUGUCCUUACGCGUGAUGAUUCUGGCUGAGAGGGGUAGCGCGCGCUCCACGCGCACGCGUGUUGUGUAUGUGUGCGCUUGAAAGAAAUCACCACACUUGUUCUGCCGCUCUCAUCCAGAAACGUCAAUAACGCAAGAACACUUUUAAAAGUACUUUCCCCAACUCUGUUUUAUCAGACUCGCGUUACUACGCAAAGCCAUUUCUAACUGAACAUGUUGACUAUAUCGAGACAAAAUCAAAUACGCUACAUAUUAGGGAUAUUUAGACUAAUAUGAUGGAUGAAAUUCACCAUGAUGGAAAUUGUAAAACUCAAUCCGUCACAUAUUUGUAGCGCAACCUCUGUGUGUUACUGUAAAGCUGACACUUGCGUUUCAAUGGCAAAAACGCCUGAAACCACAAAUGAGGGGAGAAGUCUCUAUUCACUUAUUAUCCAUACUAAAUGUGAAAAGAGCAACACGUCAGCACAAAAAGAGUUUUGUCGUAAAAAAUGUAUCUUAACUUUAGGUAAGUAGGCUACACCUGGACCGAGCAGGACUGAAAAGUGUAGCAGAAUGAAAUUAUUACAUAUCCAUACGACUCAAGUUAUUACAUAUUUUAUAUUACCAUUUAUUAAAUGUAUUAAACACAUUACAUUUAUUUAAUUACAUUACAUUUAUUUCGCCCAUAAUUAGAUAAAAGUAAACGAAGUCGGAAAAAAAACGUAAUUAAAAUUCAAAACAAUAACUCUGGUUUUAAUGACUAACACAGCUUUCACUUUAAUUCUACGUUUGAGUUGAGGGGAAGAAUCAACAGAACACAAUAAGAAGUGUGUUGAAGGACAGUUUUGUCUUCAUGCACCUAAAGCAAAUGCUUUUAUUCUGAAACCACUGUGAAGUUGGUUCAGCAGGAAACUAAUCAUAAAAUAUAGGUAUUUUACUUACAUUCAUAUUAAUACAUGACAAUUGUGUUUUCUUAGUUGUGAAUGUUAAAAUAAGCUUAAAAUAUUGAUGUUGAAUUUACAGUUACAAUUUGAAUUCAGAUUCAUGGACAGAUUCAUUCAGACUCAACUCGAAUGUUCAGAGACUCAGACUUGACUAAGAUGGACUCGAACCCAACACUAAUAUGGAGACAAAUGCAAGCAAACCAUUUGUAGGUUGAAUACCCUGUAAAUUGUAAAUAUUUUGGCUCUUUGGCACUGUUAAAAUAUUGCUAUGUUUGAGCAUCCCAAACCAUCCCAACAUUGGCAAUAUUGGCUCAAGCAAUGGCUUGACUACAUGCCGGACUAUCUUUUUAUCAGUUCUGUUUGAUGGCACUAGUGAAACUGAAAUACUAGAAAUUACACACUUCACCAUAUAUUCACUUCUAUUGUGGCUAAUUUGAUUUUGCUCAUUGUACCAAGUUUAAAUCCAUCCCACAGAUUUCCCUCCAAGGUAAGAAAAUGUUAAUUAAGUUUGCAGAUUUUGUCUGGGCCUGCUAACAAGCCAGGCAAACCGAUCACAACUAACUCUUAAUGAAUUUCAUUCAUGUUGUUUUACUUAGACCACCUAAGUUUUUGUAACAAACCUUUAUUUCUUGUAUACGUGACAUCUUAUAAUAGAUGUAAAUUAAAUUAAGAAUGGUUACCAAUGUCUAGUCCCAAGUUAUUGGUUAAGUUACAGAUUAAAUGUCCCCCGCCCCCAUCCCCCCUUACUUUGUCUAAAGAGUAAUGACAGUGUUGCCUAACCCUAAAGCAAGCGUUACUUAUUAUUGCUCAUACUUAGGGUUAGGAUUUGGCACGAACCCCAAGCAUUUAACUCAUUCCAUACUGUUUGUUCUAACUACAGUCAUGCACAACAUUUCAAAUAGAGCUUGUUGAAGAGAGAUAUGCCACUUCUUAAUUUUCACUUGGUGGAAGAUAGAAUGGGUGAAACGAAAAAAAUCCCUAAACUGAAAGAGGGAAUUGAGCCAUAUCAAGGGGCCAGGUAUUGACAAUAA